AUGGAUGCCCAUAAUGCUGUCACCCUCGAGACCAGCAAGUUCCACCCAGCCGCCAUCUCAGAAGAGACCAAAGCGUUCAAUCAGGGACUGAUGGAUAUCAUGGCACACGGGCCCAAAUGGUACGAGGUCGGCGCCAAACGCUAUCGCGAAAUGCGCGCCGCCGGAGAGACACCCCUUCCUAAAGCGGUCUAUCUCGAUUCUGCGCAGGAGUUUUCCAUUCCAAGCCGGGAUAUUGCCCGCACCAUCCCCUGUCGAAUCCUGCGGCCUCAGAACGGAAACCCCAUCAAAUCAGUAUUUCUUCACAUCCACGGCGGUGGCUGGGUUCUUCAGGACGAAAAGUCGCAAGAUCCCACCUUGCAGGAGAUCGCAGACACCACGGGCAUGUUGUGUAUAUCGGUCGGCUACCGCCUUGCGCCUGAGGACCCGUAUCCUGCAGGCCCUCACGACUGUUUCGACGCCGCGGAAUGGUUGGUUGACAACGCCGAGGCUCAGUUUGGAGCCUCGUUAAAGUUUGUGGGCGGAGAGUCCGCUGGUGGACAUUUAAGCAUGCUCAUCACUCUUCACCUCCUGCAACACCAGGACCCAAAGUACUCGGACUUCCGCUUCAAGGGCCUCCUGCUACACUUUGGGUGUUACUCGAUGAUAUGGACCCCGCAAGUAUACAACUUUAAACGCCCGCAGAUAUUGAUCCUGGAUCGGGACCUGAUGGACCACUAUAUCGACGCCUUUCUCCCCGGCAUGAGCCACGACGAGAAGAGACACCCGUCCAUAUCCCCGCUGUUCGCCGACUUGGAGCCGCUGAGGGGAAAGUUGCCCCCGGCCCUCUUCACCUGCGGCACGGAGGACUGUCUCCUGGACGACACAAUGUUCAUGAGCAUGAAGUGGCUGAUGGCCGGGGCGGAGUCGGUGGUUAAAAUCGUGCCCGGGGGUCCCCACGGCUACAUCAUGUUCCCCAAGACCGUCAAGGGGAGUGGCGCCGAAGAAGGCCUGAAGGCUGUCGAAGACUUUGUGCAGGCCAAGCUGGGUUAA